AUGCUGGCACUCGGUUUAGCUCAGGCUGCUGAGCGUCAUCAACGCUACACUGCACUGCGCCUGCUUACACCAGAAAAACCGUCUUUAACUGCGACUUCUGGAUCAAGUCCAGGCCCUUCAAUACCUUCCUCUAGCGACGUCGACCGUUGGCCUCAGCCUGCUAACGAGCUUUCCCCUGGAAGUUCCUGCAUCUUAUCAAGCGUGCCUUCGCCACAGACGCCCACGCUCACAGUUUCAACACAUUUUGUCGAGGCUGAGCCAUCAGUUAAUUCCCAGCUGUCUCUUGCCUCUCCUGUUAAACUAGAUAUAGCCGCAUCUGCAUGUGGAACAGAACUCUGCGAUUUUUUGACGCCUAGCAAGCAACAAAAUCAACCAGUGCGAACGGGCAUUCUAAGGAACUUCUGGACACCAAAGAACCAAAAUCGCGUUUCAUUUGCCGCAGACCCAGUCGUGUGUCUAAUCUCUCCACUGAAACCUCUUUCUGUUUCAAUCCGCCUGGCAUCCGCUCAGAAUUCAACUUCAUUACACGCUACAUCACCGAUGACUGGCUUAUUUAGUCUUCAACGGUUUGAUGCGGAGUCUGAUUCUGGUGCUGAUCUGCUUACCCGGCUUGAGUCUCGAUUGACUUCUAGAUCGGAUCAACCCACUCGUGGUCUUUUCUGUUCAUUGGCUUCAAAUGAAGCUCCAACAGCUUCCAUUUUGACUUCAGCAACAGCUGACCAAAACAAGGUUUUCGGCUGGUUGUCUGCUCGCCCAUCCAUCGGAAAGUCUACAUUGGUCGACAGACACAAAACUGAGGAUGAAAUUAUUUGCCCAGUUGGUGAUCUCGAGGAUACAAUUAAGCGACAGCAUGAGUCUCACCGAGGUGCUUCUGAUCAAGGAAGUCUUGGUACAAAGGAACCUAUGAUCAAUGAUAGUCUUGGGUCAUCUGAUCCUCAUCCAUCUUUACCAGAAAGUGUACCUAAAUCCUGUCCCAACUCCACUCAUAGGGAUAUAAACUUACUCGAAUCUACACCUCCAUCCGGCUCAGGAAUGCAUCGGCGGAAAUCUCCUUCACCACAGCGCCUGAGGGGUGCGCCCCUUCUCUUCCUAUCUCCUCAAGAUCGAGCACGGUCUAAACUAUCGUUUCGACAAAACUUUAACAACCCCUCUAUUUCGUAUGCUUCAUCCGUCCCAACUUCUUCAUUAUCGCUAUCAUCAUCUUCCAGGCCAAAUGAUGAUAUUUCAUCACAUUCACAUUCUCUUGGUGAUUCCAUACCAUCCUCAGAGUCAUAUUCACCUUGUGAUGUUGAAGAUACUGGUUCCUCUACUUCUAGAUCUUAUAAGGAUGAGCCCACACUUAUAGGUUGUUCAUCGAGGCCAAUAGAAGACGAUAAGUCUGACAGAAAUGACACUACUCCUUAUGAUAUUAAGAUUGCAGCUACUUCUGAUUACCAGCGAAAGAAUACUCCAGCUGCUGCCCGCACUGUUGCUCAAAGGGGAGACAAGCAUGAUGCGGUACCUUCACCGACCUCCGUCCCACCUGAUAGCCGGCCAGACAAUAAAGCGAACGUUAGUCGUCGGCGCCGUUAUUCGUUAGCGCUGCCCAGGGGCACAACAAGUAGGAAAUCGGCUCGUCGAGUCACCAGUCGAACCAUGGCAACAACUCAAGAUACUUUGGCUGAUGAUGGAAAAAUUGGAGAUUCGGUAGACUUGGGUGGGUAUCUUCAACUCUAA